AUGAAAUCUGUGCUAACAAGCCAGAUGGCAGAGGAAGCUGAUAUAUCUGAAGUCAUAGAAACUGUGAAGCAACAUGUCAAAGAUGCAAAAUUGCCAGAUAUUGAGGUCAUCAGGAUUCUUUGGGAUAUGAUGAUGGAUGCUGUGCAGUGGUCUGGAAAGAAUCAGCAGCAGACUGCUAAUGCAGCUCUUCAUCAGGCAAGUGUACGGCACCUAGCACGGAGCUGGGAGCUGUCUCCGUCUCCUUACCUGGAGGCCGCUGGAAUUUCGAGUCGUUUGGAUCAGGGAGCCAUGGUUUCUUUGCUGAGGUUUCCUCCUGCAUUCGCAAAUUUAUCAAAAUUGGAUGUAGCGAUCAAGGAUGGAUAUGUUAAUAUUGAGGCAAAUGUUAUAUUCUUCAACUCGGAGGAAUAUGUUGAAGGAAUACUCAAAUCUUCAAAGAUCAAUGAAGAAACCAUACCUGAACAGCUAACAGGUGCUUUCGGUCGGGCAACUAGCAGACUAGAGCAACUUCCCGAUCCCAUUCGGGAUGCCAUGGCAACUGGGUUCAAGGUCCCUCUUGUUGUUGCUUAG